GAGAGACGAAGACGCAGAGGGUUGCUUUCCGUUCAGUUAAGCGCGGCGCGUGCGAGCGACGAGCUAUCGGCGUCUGCACUCCUAACAUACAGCUCACGCGUGUCUUCUCUUGCUGUUCGCGCGUCUUCGUCGGGGGAUAUAAUCUCUGCUUGUGUGCAGUGUACUUCGCGCGGGCCUGCAGGGUGUGCGCGUGUAUUUUGUCGUCAUCGCACGCGAGUGUGCGCACGCGGUCUCUUCCUGCGCCGGUCGAGCCCCAGCCCCAGUUUGCGAACCCACCCCGAGCGAGCGCGCCCCGCACGACGAUGGGCGAUUGUUGAAAGAAAAGUGUUGCGAAUUGUGUCGCGUUCGGUGCGUGCCGGUGCGGAAAUUGACCAGCCACAUCAUGGUGCAGUUGGAUUUUUCCACCGUCGGAGUGGUGCCAGAAAAUGGUGUCCAGGACAUGACGCGCCUGACGGCGCUGGACGAAGAGGUCAUCAACCAAAACCUGCGAGUGCGAUACGAAAAAGAUCGCAUAUACACAUACACCGGAUCCAUCCUCGUCGCCGUCAACCCUUAUAAGGCCGUCGACAUCUACUCACAGCACUACGUUGAAAAAUAUCGCGGCAAAAAACUCGGCCUUGAAGAACCGCACGUGUUUGCCCUGGCGGAAGCGGCCUACGUCUCCCUGCAGAACCCGCACCAUAGCAAAGGCCACCUCAAUCAAAGUCUCGUCAUCAGCGGCGAGAGCGGCGCCGGCAAGACCGAAAACACCCGCUUUAUUCUACAAUACUUGUGUUCUGUAACCAGUGGUGUUUCCACUUGGGUAGAGCAACAAAUCCUCGAAGCAAACACUAUUUUGGAAGCGUUUGGUAAUGCGAGAACGAUCCGAAAUAACAAUUCGAGUCGCUUUGGAAAGUUUAUGCAGGUUUGCUUUGAUUCCCGAUGGAUGAUUGCGGGUUGCAUCGUGCAGGACUACCUGCUGGAGCAGUCUCGGAUUACGUUUCAGGGUCCUAAUGAAAGAAACUACCAUGUAUUCUAUCAGUUGAUUGAAGGUGCCAAGACUAAUCCGGAGCUAAUGCAACAAUUACACCUGAAACCAGUUGAAUUCUAUAAUUAUUUAAACAAAUCUGGGAAGAAUAAAGCAGAUGAUGACGAGAAAUCCUUGGAUAAUCUCCGGCUGGCGUUUAAUGUCUUGCAGCUGCCUCAGAAUAUGUGCAAUGGGAUUUUUCAGACACUGUCCGCCAUUUUGUGGUUGGGAAAUUUGGCUUUUCAGGAUAUUGACGGUGAAAGGUCAGACGUAACUAAGGAAGAUUUAAACAUACUGGAAAUCGUUGCGGAGCUUUUGGGUCUAGACAAAGAUCAGUUAAAACAGGUUGUCCUAGUGCGACAGAUUAAUGUGCGAGGUAACAUCACCGAGAUUCCACUUAAGUUCCAAGAGGCCGGUGAAAAUCGUCAUGCGAUGGCAAAGGCGUUAUACUCGCGCACCUUUGCGUGGUUGAUCAAUCACAUCAACAACUGCACGAACCCAGGUCAGGACGCUACUAGAUUCAUUGGAGUUUUAGAUAUCUUUGGUUUCGAGAACUUUGCUCUGAACUCGUUUGAACAACUCUGCAUUAAUUACACGAAUGAAAAACUUCACAAGUUUUUUAAUCAUUACGUGUUUGCUUUGGAACAAGAAAUUUAUAAAGCAGAGGAGAUUGAAUAUAAUCAUAUUGCGUUCACGGACAACACCCUGUGUCUGGAAUUGUUGGAGAAACCACCGCGAUGUAUUCUACGCUUGUUGUCGGAGCAGUGUCACAUGCCGCGCGGUUGCGACGCUUCGUACAUAUCGAAUUUGCAUGCGGAAUUCGAAGCGCACGAGAACUACUUCAAGGGGGAGGACAAGCGAAAGUGGGAAGUCGAGUUUGGCGUACGGCACUAUGCGGGUGGGGUGCUUUAUAACGUAAAAGGUUUUGUGGACAAAAACCGCGACGUGCAACAGGACGUCUUCUUUGACAUUCUUUCGAGAAGCACAUGCGAAUUCGUAAAAGAUUUGUCCAGUUAUCAGGAUUUAAAUGCAUGCCCUGCGAAAGGAAUUGCAAAUGGCGCUACUACUGUGUCACGGGGUACAAGUAAAGGUAAGCUUACUGUCUCGGACACGUUCCGACAUCAGUUGCAGGCUUUGGUAGACGUAUUGCAAAGCACGACGCCGUGGUACGUGCGCUGCAUCAAACCAAAUGCCAACAAAGACUCUAAUCAUUUCGACAAUACACUAGUCUUAGACCAAUUGAAAUAUCUCGGAAUGUUAGAUAUUAUUCGUAUAAGAAAGGAAGGUUUCCCGAUCCAUAUGGAUUUUAACGAUUUCAUUGCCCGAUAUCACUGCCUAUCGAAAAAUCGACUGCCAGUUGAUGCACGCGCCGCUUGUAAAUCUCUCAUCGAAAGUCACAACAUACCCAAAACUGAGUGGCAGAUUGGUAAGAAUAAAGUGUUCAUGCGUUCGCACGUGCAUGAACCGCUUGAGGAAACCCGAAAUAAGAUGCAGGCGGCUAAGGCGAUCCUUAUUCAGAAAACGUAUCGACGUUUUGCGGCGCAGAAGGAUUAUCAACAGAGGCGCAAUGCCGUGCUGCGGAUGCAACACGCUUACAAGGGUUGGAAGAGUCGCAUCGAAUUUCUGAAAAAGCGACGCGCCGCCAUCGUCAUCCAGAGCCACUUGCGCGGCGUUUUUGCACGCGAGGUCGCCGCCGCAUUGCGGGAGAUGCGCAGAGUGGAGGAGGAAAUGAGGAAGCGUGAACUAUUAGAGGAGGAACGGCGUGCGAAGGAAGCCGAAGCAAUUGCCCAGGAGCAGAAACUGGAACUUGAGAAGAGCGAAAAGGCGGCCGAGAAGGAAAUUGCCGCGCUGUCCCACAUGGCAGAACAGAUGAAGCCGCGCCUAACGGAAACCGCCACCGAGGCGGUCGAUUUGGACAAUCUGUUUGCCUUCCUGUCUGACCAGAGUCAGCCGCCCAAUAAAAUUAUCGAUGAGAUUGGUACGAAAAUGGACGAGUUGGUUGAAGACUUGGAUGUUGAAUUAGAAACCGUAAUUCAACAGGAAUUAGAAGGUUUGGCCCAAGAGCAGUUGACUGUGCCUACACCGCCUAAAAUGGGCUUGCCUUCACUGCCUGAACCGACGGAACCACCACCACCACCACCUCCUGUUACAAAUGAACCUCCUCCACCUCCACCAGUUAUUAUUCCUGAAGAUGUCCCUGUGGACAAGUCCACCAAUGAGCCUAUAUACGAAGCGGUACUACCAAGGGAUGAACCGCCGUGUGUGUCUCCUCCACCUCUGCCAGCCCCUCCAAGACUACCAUCGGAUUCACCACAUCAUAGUCCUCCAGUUUCCAGAUGCAACAGCGCUGGACCGCCAGCAUGGCGGUACAAUCAAGAACAAGAAGCACUGAAUGUUGAACGUGAAGCACGUCGUAAAUUCCGUGUUGAUAAGAAACUCCAAGAACUGUCCGAGAGCCAAGAAGAAAAAACUACCUCGGAGGAAGUGUUACAUGACAUGCUGGAGUUUGCCGAGAACUUUUACAAUGCACAUGAAAGAAGUCCAGAGGGUACCAUCAUGGCCACGCUGACGAGAAAACGAACCAUUGCUGAAAUGAUACCUAAAUAUGAAAUGUUAACGUAUUACAAAGGUAGUUCUAUUCCGAAUUCGCACAUUCACAUGUACGACCCCGACAAUGUGAACAUUGCCUGCACUAUUUUCCGCGAUAUUUGCAAGUAUAUUCGCGGUGAGUUCAACAAUGAUCGCGAAUUGGCAGUGAUUCAAAGCGUCAUUGGACAUGCUCUCGAACGUGAAGAGCUCAGGGAUGAAAUACUCGUGCAGUGCGUGCGCCAGGCAACCAAUAAUCCACUGCCGGAAGCCACCGAGCGCGUCUGGUUGAUGCUCUGUCUUUGCGUGGUGGCUUUCCAACCGUCGAAGAAUCUCUAUAAGUAUUUUGUAUCAUUCUUAAAGAAGAACUUAUCUCAAGGGGGCAGAAUUUCUCAAUAUGUGCAAUGGUGUUUGGAUAAUUGCAAUAAUAACAAGGUGACUGUGCGGGAACAUCCGCCAUCUUCAGUUGAAGUUGCUGCAAUGAAACGACUGGGGACUAUUGUGUGCAGAUUUUUCUUCUUAGACGGCCGAACGAAAGCAAUCGAUGUACAUCCAACUGAUACAGCAGGAGACGCUGCGAGAAAGUUAGCGGAAAGGUUAGGUUUGCGCACUUUGGAAGGUUGGGCAAUUUAUCAAAGUCGCGCUGAUGCCGAAGAACACGUGAGAGCUCAUCAUUAUUUGUACGAUGUUAUCGCAGCCUGGGAAAUGACGCAAAACAAGGCUAAUUCCGCUACGGGAAUGGCGACUAUGGGACGACGCAAUGGCGCGGGUGUUAGUAGUGGUGAAAACAGGUUUAUUUUUAAACGCCGCCUUUUCAAAUCUAACAGGGAACUCAGUCAAGAUCCGGUUGAAGUUAACUUGUUGUAUGCUCAAGCAGUCCAUAGUGUCGUGAAGAGCGAUGAUUUUCCCGUAACCGAAAAAGUUGCUCUACAAUUGGCUGGUCUGCAGGCUCAGGUAGCACUCGGCGACCCCAAAGAUAACAAUAAAUUGGAAUACUACACUGAUAUUGAUACAUACCUACCCUAUCGAAUCAGUAGAACACGAGGUGAGGAUGUUUGGGUUCCGAUUAUCGCUCAUGCUCAUCGACAAUAUGGAGCCGGACGCACCGAACUAACAGCAAAAGCACUCUAUUUAUCCUGCGUCAUGCAAUACCCGCUUUACGGAACCACUAUGUAUCCAGUUACAUAUCGCGGCUACUGGUCGUACGGUAACACGCUCGUGCUCGGUGUGAGCUGCAACGGCAUAAUGCUCAUAAAGCCGGACGACAAGUUCGUGCUUAAUGAGUACCCCUAUCACGAAAUCGAGAGCAUUAUGCUUGAUCCUAGUGAUAGCUUUAUUACCAUCACUCUGCAGCGUCAUAUGAAUGAUAAUAAUCACAAGUGUUUUGUGUUUGAAACGCCACAAAAGGGUGAGAUUGGUUCAUUGAUUGCUAGCUAUUGCCCAACUCUAGCAGGUUGGAUAACUGAAAACGAAGCACCGCAAAAGAAAGUAAAAGCUAUGACCAAUGAAGAUCGAAUUAGAUUGUAUCACAAUCUUGUGAAUUGCCGUCGCGCGUUAAUUGAUAAUGACAUUAUGCGCAAACCAGUAGAUCAAUCUGGUAAUUUCCUGAGGAAUACUCUCCGGCGAUUGAGUAAACACAAAUUAGACAAACUGCGCCAAGAACAUGGCGGUGAUAGUGGCGAGACUUAUAAAGGUUUCCAUUAUUCUUUCUGGGCAUUUAGCAGACAGCCAAUGCAGACCAGCAUCAGUCGCAUACCGGAAGCUGAGGAGCAAGUUAUGCUGCAAGUAUUUCAGAUUAUUUUAACUUAUGCUGGAUUGGGUCAAAAUGGCGAAGCAAUUCGUCGAGCAGAAGAUGAGCAUGUUACGCUACUUCAAUCGAUUUUGGAGCGUUGCAUGCGCAAGGAAUCGCUUUUGUGCGAAUUGUAUCUGCAACUCAUUAAGCAGACGACGGAUCACCCUGACCCUAACUCACGGGUUAAUUUACGACACUGGGCUUUGUUGUCGUUAGCCUGCUCGGUAGUUCUUCCACCUCAUAAAGCAAUGCGUCGGUACUUAAUUGCGCAUCUCAAACGAUGUAGCUCGGACUACGUAACUGAGGAAGGAAAGUUUGCACGUUUUGCAGAGAAAUGUUUAUCGAAAACGCAAGGUACUCGUAGGCGCCAAUGGCCGCCAUCUAGAGAAGAAAUUCUUUGCACUAUCAAUCGAAGACCAGUAUAUGCACGUUUUCAUUUCAUGGACGGGCAAUAUCAUUCGGUGGAGUUUCAUCCUUCAGCUACAGCACGAGAUGUAUUGGAAAUCGUGCGAGAUAAAAUCGGGUUGAGCACGAAUGCGAAGGGUUAUGCAAUUUAUGAAGUGUUGGGUAACUCUGAGCGAAGUCUGGCUAGCGAAGAAAAGGUUGCUGAUGUUAUGGCAAAAUGGGAGCGCUAUCGAGCAGCGUCUGCAGCUGCAAAUAACACAAAUACUGCACAAAAACGCGCAAGACCACAACAUCACUUCUUCCUAUUUAAGAAGCACUUGUUUAUGGAUACGUUCAUUAAUUUGAACGACCAGGUGGAGAAGGAAUUAUUGUAUCAUCAGGUGUUGCAUGAUUUACGAGCGGAUCGAUUUCCAAUUACUGACAAAGAAGCGAUGAUGUUGACUGCAUUACAAGCACAACUUGAGUUGGGUGACUGUGCAGAAACCCCACAUGAUUAUCGAACAAUCGCGUGUCAUUGUUUACCGGCCAGACUUGUUCCGGGUCUACCACAGGAAGGCGUUGCAAUGCAUCACCAAUCUCUUCGUGGAAUGACAGCGUCGGAAGCAAAACAAGCCUUCUUGAACUUGAUUCAAAGUUGGCCUCUGCAUAAAGCUACUAUUUUCGAUGUCAUGCAAUCAUUUACGUCGAAUUGGCCUAGAGUUCUAUGGCUUGCAGUUGAUCAAAAAGGCCUUCAUCUUCUUGAACAUCGCUCGCGUAAUACUCUUUGUACUUAUGAAUACAGCACUAUAUUAAGCUAUUCGCCAGCGCUAAACUGCCUCAUGAUCAUCACCGGGACUGCGUGCAAGCAGAGCAAGGUGAUCCUAACCACAGCACAAGCCUUCCAAAUCGCUACGCUAAUCAAGGAAUAUAUGGAAGUACUGCAAAGCGACAUGGUGGACCUAAAGCGUGCCCAACAGCAGCCGCGGAGUCGUCCCGUCAGCGUUCUACACCCGAACAAUAUGCUGGUGCCGCCUCAGCCUAGCUAGAAGCGGGUUCAUUUCGCUGAUCAAGUAACAUCCGCUGUCUACUAGAGAUUUUGUAGAAAUGUAUUUCAUGUGAUUGCUGGCGGCCGUCCGGCGAGACCAAGCGCAGCCGGUGCGGGACGGCCGAUGACUGUUGUAUUUGGACCGUGGAUGUUGCUUGAUUAGCGAAAUUUGUUUUAUUGACUAUAUACGUGUGUACAAAGCCGUAACAACAAUAGUAGCGCAUUAACUUACGAUAAAUCGUAGCUAGGACAAUUAAAUCAAAACUAUAAACAAAGCAAAAGACAAACAGAAUCGUUAACAUUCGCACUCGAGAAGAGUACAAACGUAGCGAUUAUAGCAAAAUAUCAGAAAGCAGAAUGUUAUUUUCACAACACACAUACUUAAAAAUGCAUAUUCAUAUUUAUAAUAUCGCACCAUCAUUCAAAAGAUUCCAAAGUAUUAUGUAUCAAGACUGAAUUUAAUCAAUAGUAUUCGCAAACAACCGAUUAUCCCGAACACCGAAGAAUAUGCUAUGUCGUAUUUUACUCUAUUUCCGCGAUUAGACUUGAUAAAUCUCCCCCUGUACGCAAAUGGGGCUUCCAAAUGAGUUGUGAGCAUAAUUUAAUGAUUUUUUAAAUUAUUGAAACAUUGAUUAUUGUGUAAUGAAUAUUUAUAUACAUAUUAAUAUUAUACGAAGAUAUAUACAGUACUAGUCAGAUAAAAUGUACAUAUUUAUACUAGUUGAAAAUAGUUUUAUCGCAAGACAUCAGGUAAACGCACGAUUUUCAAAAUGGACCGAUGAUGGCGGAAUGCGAGGGAUAAGAUUCGGAAUUUUGAGUGGCUUGAAGUGAAAUUUAUAAAUAAGCGAAUGAUAUUGUAUUGACUAAUCAUUAUUUAAAGUGAACAAGUAUAAAAUAUGUUACGCACAAAGUGUAUUUCGAAGUAUAAA